GCUUCUGCCAAGUUCUACCUGUAACUGGCUUCAUCUCUCAAGUCAGAUGUUUGGCUGCUCUAUCCCCUGCAACAAGGAGUCAUGCCAGCUGGACACAUUCUCCUUUCCCAGCCUCUGGCGGCCAGGACAGAACCAAGACCACAGCUGUUGAGACCCUGAGCCCGGGGUUUGUGGCCUUCUCUCACUGUGUCCCUCAAGGAGGGCCUCCCCCAACAAUGAUCUCCUCAUUGUUCCUGGCCUCCCUAUUCCUGGCUCUGGCCACAGUGGCCACUACCAGAGCUGACCGUCAAUGCCUGGCAUGUGGGGAGCAUGCCUUGGACCUGCAGAGCCAGCGGGAGCUGCUUCUCCCCCUUGCCAAGAGAAGCAUCUUGGACAAGCUGCACCUCAACCAGCGCCCAACGCUGAGCCGGCCAGUGUCCAGAGCCGCUCUGAGGAUAGCGCUGCAGCGCCUACAUGGGCGUCCACAGGGGGCGCUUCCAGAGGCUGACAGGGGACAGGAAUAUGAGAUCAUCAGCUUUGCCGAGACAGGCUUCUCCAACAUCAACCAGACUCGUCUUGACUUCCACUUCUUCUCUGAUAGAACUGCUGGUGGCAUGGAGGUCCAGGAGGCUAGCCUCAGGUUCUUUGUGCAGCUCCCUCCCAAUACCACCAGGACAUUGAAGGUGAGGGUCCUUGUGCUAGGUUCACCUGAAGCCAACCUCACUUUGGCCACUCAGCACCUGCUGAAGGUAGAUGCCAGUGGCUGGCACCAGCUCCUUCUGGGGCCUGAAGCUCAGGCUGCCUGCAGCCAGGGACACCUGACCCUGGAGCUUGUACCUGAAGGCCAGGUAGCCGAGAGCUCAGUCAUCCUGAGUGGGGCUGCCCAGAGGCCUUUUGUGGCAGCCCGGGUGAGAGUUGGGAGCAAGCACCGGAUUCGACGUCAUGGCAUCAACUGCCAGAGUGGGUCCAGGAUGUGCUGUCGACAAGAGUUUUUUGUGGACUUCCGUGAGAUUGGCUGGCAUGACUGGAUCAUCCAGCCUGAGGGCUACGCAAUGAACUUCUGCACAGGGCAGUGCCCACUGCAUGUAGCAGGCAUGCCUGGCAUUGCUGCCUCCUUUCACACCACCGUGCUCAAUCUUCUCAAGGCCAACGCAGCUACAGGCACACCUGGAGGGGGCUCAUGUUGCGUGCCCACAGUCCGGCGCCCCCUCUCUCUUCUCUACUAUGACAGGGACAGCAACAUUGUUAAGACUGACAUACCUGACAUGGUGGUCGAGGCUUGUGGGUGCAGUUAGUCUAUGUGUGGGAUGGAAGCCCAAGGUAGGGUAGGCAAAUAUGCCCCCACAGAGGUGCCCUUCCUUGAGAACAGGGACUGACUCCAUUACUGCCUCUGUACAGAAGGUGCAAUCCCUCUUCCUGAGCAACCUAUGGAAAUUAUCCCAACUUGGACUUGAGGAGAUCUUCACCUAAAGAGAGUCACUGUGCCUGGUUGGGGUAGCUCAGUGGUUGAGCAUUGACCCAUGAUUCGAUUCCCCAUCAGGGCACAUGCCCUGGUU